CUUCUAACGUCAAACGUCAUAUGGGUUUCGUUUUUUUCGUAAUCUUUUGCUAAAAAAGAAAAAUAUUUACAACAAUGGCUGAUUCCUAGAGCGAAAAGAAAGUUGUGGAGUGAAUGUGUUUCGCGUGUGCGGUCGUGAAAUACAAGGAUGAGUUUGCCAGGCGAAAAAAGCCCCCGUAUCAGGUAUUUUUAAGUAUUUAAUUUACUUAAAAUUUAUUGGAGAUGGCUUCAAAUAGCGACGGAGGCGCCGGCAGUAGCAGUACAUUGUCAAGAAAUUUUGCUACCAGAGAAUACGAAACCUAUAAAUCUCAAUUCGACAAACCCAACAACGAUCUGAACACUUCCAGACGAAGAUGUGAUCAUGGAUUAAACGACCUGGAUUACUACAGAGAACAGCUCAGAGCAGUAAUGAACCAACUAGAGGUCUCCAGCCAAGACUCAGCCUCACUAAGAAACAAAUAUGCCGAAUUGAUGUCCGAAAACAAACAGGUUCGAGACGAAAAUCAAAGAUUGCUCAAAGAGCUCACCGAGCACAAUGGAAAUGCUUCAGAGGCUCUUUUUAUGUCUCACACCCAGGCAUUAUCCAAGCUGGAGGUGGCUCAAGAUGAAAAUGCAAGGUUAUUGAAACAGUGUGAAGUUUUAGGACAAGAACGAGGUGCUGCUCAGAGAGAUAUUGCUGGAUUGAGACAGCAAUUGGGGAAAAUGUUUAAGGAUUAUGCUAAAUACAGGGAGGCUCAUCAGAAGUUGCAGCAACAAUUCGAGGAUGCUGUGAAUGUGUCGAUUAAAGCGAAUAAAGAAAUCAAGAAAUUGACUGACGAAAGAAAUGCUACGAUGGCUGAAUAUACCUUGGUGAUGAGUGAAAGGGAUACUGUUCAUAAAGAAAUGGAAAAACUUAGCGACGACCUGUCUCAAGCUCUGAAAAAAAUAAAAAUACUGGAUGCAGAUAAAAAAGCUUUGCAAGAGGAUAAAAGAGGGCUCAACUACCAGCUCGAAUCGUUACGAAGGGAGAUAGCUAGUGCAUUACAUGAGCGAGACAAGGCCUUGAAGGAAUGUAACGAUCUGAGGGAGAAAUUUGGCGAACUCGGGGCGGCUUCUGAGGACGGGCGGUUGUUAUUGGGCGACCAAAUGAAGAAGAGCAGAGGCAGACUGAUGGACAACUUGGGCACCAUCGGCGAAGACGGUCUCAGAAAGGAACACCACAGGGACGAUUCGAGAUCGAUAGGCCAAAGACAGAGGCUGGACAAUUUGGAUCAAGCCAAUCAGGAGCUGGAAUCUCUAAGGAAAAGUCUGGAUAAAGUGCAGACUGAACUUGCUGAAGCGGUUCAAGAAGCUGAAGUAUCGAAAGGCAGACGCGAUUGGGCGUUCUCCGAACGAGACAAGAUCGUUUUAGAAAGAGAAAGCAUCAGAACUCUGUGCGAUAACAUGAGAAAAGAACGGGACAGAGCUGUUUCCGAACUUGCCGAAUCUCUCAGAGAAUCUGACGCCAUCAAGAAACAAAGAAACGAACUUCUCAAAGAAAACAAAGCUUUAAGGGAAGCAUUGGAAGCUCAAAUCGAAAGAGAAGGUAGAUUGUCGCAAUCGAACAUAGAAGAGCAACACGCUUGCGGUCAUACUGAAGUGAUUCAGCUUGAUUUGACCAGUUCGGACGAAGAAGCAUUAGAAUUUGCGGGUGGUAAAGAGUUUCCUGGCGAUGGCUCCGUAUACGUAGCUUCCGUGGCUCCCGGUUCUUCAGCGAUCGGUAAAUUCUUCCCCCACGACAAAAUCCUGAGGGUGAACGACGUGGAUUGCAGCCAGGUGUCCUUGAGAAUGGUCACGGAAGCCAUCAGAUCCAGUAUGCCGGCCGCGCAUGUCCUUGUGCGCAGAACCAGGUGCGCGAGGAACGAAAUUGGUGCUACAGGGGAACAGGUCACUAAGUGGAUUCACACCGCUCGUCUUGCACCAGGCUGUCACGGUCUGUCACUGAAAAUGGGCGUCUACAUCAACCGCAUCAGCGAAGGCAGCUUGGCCGCGACCGACAAAAGCCUGACCGUAGGCGAUAGAGUGCUCAGAAUCAACGACAAGUCCAUGGACGACAUCGAAAACGUCAGAGAAGCCAUGCAGGUGCUCAACGACGAAAGCUCUGACGUCAUCAACAUCACCACCCUGAAGAUGAGCUAUCCGGAGUGUCCGAAUGUUUUUACGCCAGUGAGGAGGAACAAAAAAGAGAACAGAAGCUCACAGACUGAGGAUUGGUUGAGUCAAGGCGACUACAAGUACAACAACCAAGAGAAGAACAGCAGUGCGUGGCUCAAAGAGAAAUUCGAACUCAUGAGGGUACCGUGGAGACACUCAAAGGAGGAUAAAAAAUACAGAAAUAGCUCGCCGAAUCCUAUAGACUUCGGUCACGAACAGGCUAUAGCCGAGUUGGACUCUGUCUUGGAGAGUUACCAUCAUAAUACAAUAAAAAGGUCUUCGGGAGGGGCAAAAAGACACCUGUCACAGCCAAAGGAGGAGAAAAAUAAUGGAGGAACUUGGCCUAAGGCUAGAGCUACAGCUGUACUAACUCCAGGUGGGGGUACCGUAGUGACACGUACCAAAGAACGACCUCCUUUAAGUUUGCUCGCGCAACCAAAAGAAACACCCGAUUACUAUCGCAAUUCCACGCCAAUGCCGCUGUCUUUAGCGCCACAAAAUUCGUCAACGUCCAACCGGCAUUCGGUUUACAAAAGCGUGGACACGAGCCACCAUUUCGGCAUGGCCACUGACAGCUUCGAAAUUGUCAAAUGCGGUAACGGAUCGUCCAACAGGCACAGCGCUAACAUGAACUCGGGCAACAGUCUGGACAUGCCCGUGCAAAGGCUGUACGAGAAAGAAACCUUGCCGUAUUACAAGAAGAACAGUCGUUUAGGGAUAGCAAAAUAUGGUUCAGACUCUGAAAGGGACAGUCUGAUAAGCACCGAUCUCGGUCCAACUCAUUCGAGGGGUCCCAGUCAGUUGUUUGUACAUAGGGUUCAUUACCCCUACCAUCCUCAUCCUCAUCCCCAUAUCAAUCAUUCUAGGGAGAGUUUCAGCUUUGAACCGUACCAACACAAUCACAGUCCUUCGGUGGAUACCGGUAGCAGAAGACCGCCCGAUCUGCUUGAGACAGGGGGUACAUUUCCGAGAAAGAGGGAACAGAGAUUUCGCGUACCUUCCAACCCUAGUGUUACUUCCAAGGUGAGUACCGGAAGUAUAGAAAGAGGAAGCUCGGAAAGGGGUAGUCCCAUGCCGAUUUUUCACGUGGAGGUCCUCAGUAGUCCCGGGGACCACUCCUCCCAAGUGAACGGGCCCAAAGACUACUGUCCGUGGGGACACAAACCUCUGCCUGGCGAGCUACGGAGAGUUCAUAUAGAUAAAUCCAACGAACCUUUGGGCAUCCAAAUCGCUGAUACCGGCGGUAUUUUCGUGUCGACUGUUACCGAGGGUAGUCUGGCUAGUAGGGUGGGGCUACAGAUCGGCGACCAGCUGUUGGAAGUGUGCGGAAUCAACAUGCGCAACGCCACCUACAAUUUGGCAGCGAACGUACUGAGACAGUGCGGAAAUUCCAUUACUAUGCUGGUCCAGUACAGUCCUGAUAAAUACCACGAGGUGGGUGGUGGUACCGAAUCUCUCUCUGGUACUUCUUCGAACGAAGACGACGAAGAUGAAGACGACGAGGAGGGUGAGGGUGAUGCCACGCCCUGUAAUUCGCCCAAAGAAGUGAGAAAAAGUUCCUCCCUGCAAAACAAGCCUUCUUCGUUGAUUGUGAUGCAAAGACAGGCCGGAGUACCGAACAUAGGAAGCCCCAGAGGAACAGUGGAGGAACCCAGAUAUCUCUGCAUAGAAACGUUGAAAACGUCAAAUUUGGGAAUUUCUUUGGUGGGAGGCAACGCAGCUGGUAUAUUCAUUCACUCAGUCCAACCUGACUCCUUGGCCUAUCACGCUGGUCUCAGAACAGGAGAUCAGAUCUUGGAAUACAACGGUAGCGACCUCAGAUCGGCUACAGCAGAGGAAGCAGCGUAUGAACUGGCUAAACCAGCCGAUAAAGUGACAGUUCUGGCACAUUACAGAAUCGAAAAAUACAACGAAAUCAAGGAUAAACCUGGUGACAGUCUCUACGUUCGAUGCUGUUUUGACAGAGGCGGUAAUGACGUCACUGAACCUCCUCAACUGUCCUUUUGUAAGGACGACGUGCUCUACGUGGAUAACACGAUGUUCAAUGGCGUUCCUGGACAGUGGCGUGCAUGGAAGCUUGAUGGCGAGGGGCACAGACAGCAAUGUGGCGUCAUACCCAGCAAAUACAAGGUUGAAGAGGAAAUGUUACUGCGCAGAGGAGCCGGAGACGCUCUGGAAGGUCGUACCGCCACCACGGCUCGAAGGAGCUUCUUCCGACGAAAAAAGCACCAAAGAGGAGGCAGUGGCUCCUCUGGAUUAGGCUCUUCCAGCUCAAGGGACUCCAGAGAACUGGCAGCCUUCUGCAAUCUCACCCCUGGAUGGAUCUCUGAUAGUGGUUCUCUCCACGAAGAUCUAUCCCAGAUGUCGUACCAGCGCGUCGAAAGGCUGCAGUUUCCAGAAUUUCGACCGGUUUUAGUCCUGGGACCGUUAGCUGAAUGCGUUGCUGAUAAAUUAGUCAGUGAUUUCCCGGAAAAAUUCCAAAGAGCCACUACUGAAGCCAGGAGAUGCACUCAAGCCCAACUAGACCGAGAAUUAGAAGAGGGUCUGAUCAUUGAAUAUCGCAGAAGGGGGUCAUGUUUCGAAUGUAUUACAGUCCACGCCAUCAAAGCAGUCAGCAAUGCUCGUUUACACUGCAUGUUAGACUACUCUAUAGCCAGCGUCCAGCGCUUGAGAAGGCAGCAAAUCAAUCCGGUGGUCUUGCUCAUCAAAUUCAAGAGUACCAAACAAAUCAAAGAGGUCAAAGACGCACGAUACAGCAUGGACAAAUUGUCCGGCAAAGCUGCGAAAGAGAUGUUCGAGCACGGUCACAAACUAGAGGCGGAAUAUCGACAUCUAGUGACAGCUGUUGUCUCAGCUGGUGCCAACGUUGCCCACGUCUGUGCCCAAGUCAAGGCCGCCGUCGAUGCAGAGCAUAGAAAAAGUCAAUGGAUACCCGUGGCUAAUCACUAGAGAAAGAACUCUCAACAAGAAAUCUCAUCACUUCUUAGACCAUUAAAUGUGCUAGACACGGUCAUCGUUAAAAAAUCUGUAACCAACAUAAAUAAAGACGUGUCUAGCGACUUUAUGGUCUAAGGUAAGUACGAUUUAAAUAUUUUUAGACGACUUUAACUUUUGUAUUGUAUAAAUUCCAAGAAUAUUUAUUUAUUUAUUUUUAACCGAUACAACUAACGAAAAAAUGUUUUAACGAAAAAAAGGUGAGCUCGACUAACCUAAAAGUUUCCAAGUUAUUGAUAGAAAAAAUCUCAUGUGUUUAAUACUAUUACUAUUAUUAAUGUUGUGAAAUUUUGAUACCAAAUUUUUUAGACCUAUUUACUAUGCAUUAUAUUGAUAUUUAUUUAUAUUAUUUUAUACUAAUUUUAUAUAUCGGAUCUAUUAUGGAGAUGCGUUGUUUUAGUGUUUUUUAGAGCAUCUUUCAAUCUCGACAUUUAAUAUUAUAAAAAAAAUUGACUUUAUUGUUAUAGCGUCUUAAUUUUAGAGUGAAAUAUUCUGUACAGUGGUGUAGUUAUUUUUUAUUUUGCUAAUUUAUAUAUGAAUAUGUAAAUUAGAUUGAAGAUUAAAUUAUAUAUUAUUUUAUAUGAAGUUGGAUGCUGCGCCACUGUAUGUAGGAUAAAAGGAUAAAAUAGAGAAAAGAUAUUUAAAGAAUUUUUAAUACUAAAGAAUUAUAUUGAACCGUUUGAUAAUAUCCCAUUGAAUCGAGGGUCUUCCAAUUAUAUAAAAACGUUACAAGAUGCAAAAAUGUUAUUGUUAACAAAUAAUAUUUUUUGCCUUGGUUAUAUUGCCCAAUUUUUCCAAUUUUUUUAGAAAAUUAUAAUAAAAAUACUCUGAAUCUCAUGUAAUUUUGAUUUUUUUUAUCCAUUGACAAAUAAAAGAUAUACAAAUAUUUUAAGUUUGUUUUAAAGUUAAAAAAUCAUUUUCUCAUGUGUGUUAGAUCUGAUUGUUACAAUUUAUUAUUUUUACGCAAUGUAUUCACAGUACUACACCGAAAAAAUCUGCUGUAUAUUUAUACAGGAUGUCCAACUGUUCUGAACCUAUUUUUAAAAUGUAAGUUAUCAUUGAUGUGGAGGUUUUUGCAGAACACAUUUUGAUCAUCCUGUAUAUUUCUUAUUUCAUGUAAAUAUUGAUUACUAUAUUUUUGUCAUAAAAUGUAUUCCACAUAUAAGCAAUUAUGUUCAUUUUUUUAGUUGUCAAUGGUUUAUCAAUACCUACUUUUUUUUCUCGCUGUGUAUAUACAGUAUAUAUAAAGUUUUUAGUCUCAAGAAUUAUUUUUUUAUUGUAGUUUAUCAGAUACGUGUUACGCACCCAGGUGGUUGUAUAUUAUUUUUCAUUUUCUGUGAUUAUUCUUAUUAUUUUUUUUUGUAAUGGCAAUCUCUAAAC